CAGCCAACUCACCACCCAGAACCAACCAAACUCCGACCACACGGAAAACCCAACUUUUGCUUCCCCUUCCUUCCAAUCCACCAGAUCGACGAUUCGCCAUGCUCCCCCGUGCACCACUCCGGCCAUGAGCCUCGCGCUCCAUGGCGCCGCCCCGUGCUCGCGCCCUCCUCCUGCCGCUAGCGGCGGCCACCGUCCUAGUCGCCUCCACCAUCUUCCUCUUCGCCGCCGCCGGCGCCAGCCGCUGGCGCCCCGCCGACACCGGCCUCCCCGUCCCGGCCAGCCCCGCCGACUUCUCGGCCCUCCCUAUCGGUGUGAGUGUAACAUCCGCCGCCAAGGGUAAGGAGCUCUCCUUUCUUGAUGAGAAUGGCCGCCCCGACGACCCCAGCUCCGGCUCGGCGGCGGCUGCUGAACCUGGGAGAUGCGACCCCCGCGACGCCGCCGUCAGGGUGUUCGUUUACGACAUGCCGCCGGAGUUCCACUUCGGGCUACUCGGCUGGGCCCCACCUUCGGGGAACGGCGGCGGCGUCUGGCCUGACGUCAGGGGCGGCACAGUCCCGCGCUACCCCGGUGGGCUUAACCAGCAGCACAGCGUGGAGUACUGGCUCACGCUGGACCUCCUGGCAUCCUCGUCAGUUGCACCGUGCGGUCCGGCGGUGAGGGUUGCCGACUCUCGUGAUGCGGACGUGAUCUUCGUCCCCUUCUUCGCGUCCCUCAGCUACAACCGCCACUCCAAGGCCGUGCCGCCGGAGAAGGUAAGCAGAGACACGUCCCUACAGGAGAAGCUCGUCAGGUAUCUGGUGGCGCAGCCGGAGUGGAAGAGGUCCGGCGGUGCCGACCAUGUCGUCGUCGCGCACCACCCCAACAGCUUGCUCCACGCCCGAUCGGCGCUGUUCCCAGCAGUGUUCGUGCUGUCUGACUUCGGGAGGUACCACCCCAGGGUUGCCAGCUUGGAGAAGGAUCUCAUUGCGCCAUACCGACAUAUGGCGAAGACAUUUGUGAAUGACACAGCCGGGUUUGAUGAUCGGCCGACAUUGUUAUACUUCCGGGGAGCCAUUUACAGGAAGGAGGGAGGAAACAUUCGGCAGGAACUAUAUAAUAUGCUCAAAGAUGAGAAGGAUGUUUUCUUUUCCUUCGGAAGCGUCCAGGAUCAUGGUGUCAGCAAAGCCAGCCAGGGAAUGCACUCAUCAAAGUUUUGCCUAAACAUUGCCGGGGAUACCCCGUCUUCCAAUCGUCUCUUUGACGCUAUAGUAAGCCACUGUGUCCCUGUUAUCAUAAGCGACGACAUUGAGCUCCCUUACGAGGAUAUCCUAGACUAUUCAAAGUUCUCCAUCUUUGUCCGUUCCUCUGAUGCUAUUAAAAAGGGCUACUUGAUGAGACUAAUUAAAGGCAUAAACAAGCAUCGAUGGACAAGGAUGUGGAAGAGGCUCAAAGAAGUGGAUAAACAUUUUGAGUACCAGUUCCCAUCUCAUAAGGAUGAUGCGGUUCAGAUGAUCUGGCAAGCAUUGGCCAGGAAGGUGCCUUCGAUCCGACUGAAGGCACAUAGGUUUAGAAGAUCUCCAAGAUCUGAAAGAGGAAGCAAAUAAACAGGAAGGAGGUGUAUGUAUUGAUGAUGUGAUCCAGAUGAUAGGGCAAGCAGUGGCUAGGAAAGGUGCCUUCGGUUCGGACGAAGUCACAUAUGUUUAGAGGAUUUUCAAGAUCUGAAAGAGGAACCAAAAAAACAGGAAAAAGUGUGUAUGUAUCUUGCUUCUAGGCUAAUCUAACACAGCAUUCACUGACACUGGCACAUCAGUUGCAUUUUCCCUUUGAGGAACAUUGUAAAUUAGAAGAUUCAGGUUGAAUGUUUGGUUAUACCUUGGAACAAAAACAGAUAGCUCAGACUUUUAUCGGUCCAGUUGAAUGUAUGUUAGGAAGGCAAAUGCUUAUUGUUGAUGUAACAUGUACUCCGUCCGACAGAUAGCUCAGAAUGUAUGUUUGCUCA